AUGCCUGCCAUCAACACCAUUGCCAUCCGCGACGCCGUCAUGAGCGAGCUCGUCAAGCGUGAGAAGAGCUGGCCCGCCCGCGAGGCCGGUGUCAUGGUCGUCUUCUGCAUUGUCGGUGUCGUCGCCAUCGGCCUGAUCUCCCUCUUCAUCCACAAGAAGCUCGCCGCCCGCCGGGCGGCCAAGGCCUCUGUUGUUUAA